UGCCUCCAACCUUUUGCUAUUUGAUUGCAUUCCUCCCUUUGUAUUUGAACAUCCGGGUUUUCCUGCUAGCUGGCUGUGCUUACUCCUCUCAGAAGCCAUUUUGGACUCAGUUCAGUUUCACGUAUGCCAAAUCGGACCCUGUCCCUGGCCAUUCUUGGUUUCUAGCGGCAAAGCGCUACCGAACGAAUAGUAGUGUUGUUGAGCAGUUACCGUUGUUAAAUAGUUUAUUUUUUAUUAUUUGUUCGUCGCUCUGGAUUAACCCCAUCUUUUCAGCAAUGGAUUUGUAUGUAUUCUAAAGUUAUUGUGACCGAUGCAAUUUUGUUGCAUUGGGGGGCUGUGCACACAAAAGCGAGGAAACUCGCUAUGGUGGACAACUAAGGCAGUGGGUCACUGGCUCGUGUGGACCAAUCUUAAUGUUUGCGACGGAAAAGAGAUUACGUGGAAAUUCGGGAGCGAGUCUCUUUCAAUAAAGGAAUAUGUUUGCAUCGUGGGUGACUUUUACACUUCUUCUGGGGACUUUGUUAGCAGAACCUGGCCAUGGAGAGGUGGAGACCCACGAGUGCUUAUACUACAACAUCAACUGGGAGACGGAGAAAACAAACCAGAGUGGAGUGGAGCGCUGCGAAGGAGGAGAGCGGGACAAGCGCUCCCACUGCUACGCUUCCUGGCGCAAUAACUCAGGCACUAUUGAGCUGGUGAAGAAAGGCUGCUGGCUGGAUGACUUCAACUGCUACAACAGGCAGGAGUGUGUGGCCACGGAAGAGAACCCCCAGGUGUUUUUCUGCUGCUGUGAAGGCAACUUCUGCAACGAGCGUUUCACCCAUCUGCCCGAUGGAACUGUUACCAUCCCGCCUCCCCCUACGCCCUCCCUGCUCAACCUGCUGGUGUACUCCCUGCUGCCCAUCACCAUGCUGUCCAUGGCCCUGUUGCUGGCCUUCUGGAUGUACCGCCACCACAAGCCCCCCUACGGCCACGUAGACAUCAACGAGGAUCCUGGGCCCCCUCCGCCUUCGCCACUGGUGGGCCUCAAGCCCCUGCAGUUACUGGAGAUUAAGGCCAGGGGGCGCUUUGGCUGUGUGUGGAAGGCCCAGAUGAUGAAUGACUACGUAGCCGUGAAGGUCUUCCCUAUUCAGGAUAAAUUGUCCUGGCAGAAUGAGCGGGACAUAUUCAUCAUGCCGGGGAUGAAACACGAGAACAUCUUGCACUACAUCGCUGCGGAGAAGCGCGGAAACAACCUGGAAAUGGAGUUCUGGCUCAUUACUGAAUUCCAUGAAAGGGGUUCCCUGACUGAUCAUCUGAAGGGGAAUGUGGUGAGCUGGAAUGGCUUGUGUCACAUUGCUGAGACCAUGGCCUGUGGCCUCGCCUACCUGCACGAGGACGUCCCUCGCUAUAAAGGGGAGGGGCCCAAGCCGGCUAUUGCUCACAGGGACUUCAAGAGUAAAAAUGUCAUGCUGAGGAAUGACUUGACAGCGAUCAUAGGUGACUUUGGUCUGGCUGUACGGUUUGAGCCAGGGAAGCCACCGGGUGACACCCACGGCCAGGUGGGAACGCGAAGAUACAUGGCGCCUGAGGUAUUGGAAGGAGCCAUUAACUUCCAGAGGGAUUCCUUCUUGAGGAUAGACAUGUACGCCAUGGGCCUGGUGCUCUGGGAGCUGGUGUCUCGCUGCACAGCGGCUGAUGGUCCGGUGGAUGAGUACAUGUUGCCGUUUGAGGAGGAGAUCGGUCAGCAUCCCACUCUGGAGGACCUGCAGGAGGUGGUAGUUCACAAGAAGAUGCGGCCUGUCUUCAAGGACUGUUGGCUCAAGCAUGCAGGCCUGGAGCAGAUGUGUGAGACGAUAGAGGAGUGCUGGGACCACGACGCUGAGGCCCGUCUAUCUGCCGGCUGUGUUGAAGAGCGCAUCUCUCAGAUCCGCCGGCUCACCAGUAACACUACCUCAGACUGCCUGGUUUCUAUGGUGACCUCCGUCACCAACGUGGACUUGCCACCCAAAGAGUCCAGUAUCUGAGUCCAAUCCUCCUCUCAUUUUUUCCUAUGUGACAGAUUUUUUUUAAAUGGCAAAUGGAAGAUGUAUGCCAUUAAUUGUGAAGAAAGUAAGCAACAUGGGGGGGAAUCAUCAUCUUUCCAGACUCAGUGGAUUUCAGUAAACAACAUGAAUGCAGCUGCUAUUUUAACCAACAUUUAUAUUUUUCUUUUUUCUUUUUUUCUGAUCGGAUCAGUACUACCAGCACACGUCUCUACUGUAUUUUUCUGAAGAGGGGGUGGGGAUGGGGAGGGCCGGGGGAGAAUAACGGAAAGGGACAUCUCACAGCGCAUUCAGGUGCCGACUUAUGAAUGCUGACAAGAUGCAGGUACCUCAGCUUCUCUUUAUUUAAUUAUUUUUCUUUUGUUUUUGGUUGAUUCCUAUUUUUCUGUCUUCUGUACAAGAUUGCCUGUGACAACCAACAAAAUCAAGCAACCACCUACCAUGUUGGACAACUACAAUAAUGCUGCAAACCUUGUAGGAACAUUUAAGACUGUUACACAACAACUUUCCUCAAGGGAUUAUUUUUUAUUUCUCAAGAGUCCUUUUUUUUUCUCUCGACAGCAUGUGCUAUACAAAACUACGGUAAACGUGUCUUUUUAUGGAACUAACGGGUGUCUCUGGAACACAGAAAAAAAAUGGAAGACAAACUAAUUUCUUUAUUGUUUUGAAUUGUGUUUGGGGGAUACUGGGAUGGGGAUAGCAAACCGAGGGAUUAAGUGAACAGCAUUCCUUACGUGGCAACAAGUUGUGAAGACAAGAUUUCAAGCUAGUUAGUUUUGUGAGGAGAUGGCCUACAAUGCUAUAGCUUGGUCAUUGCCGUGUCAGAGGCAGUAUACGUACCUCUGGCACGGAGCGGAACUACUUCUCAGGUAACCAGUCUUAUGGAGGGCUGGAGAGGACGCCUCUUACUGCCAUGUUAGGUAUGAGCAGUUCUGAAAGGGGUCUUUGCUGACGACAUGUAAAGCUUACUCCACCCUAUGAGUUCAAAGCCAGACGUGGACAUUGAAGUGGCCCAUUAACUGACACCACUAAAACAAGACAGAAAAAAAACGUACUCACAAGAUAAUGGUGGAGAUGUGUGACUGACUGAGUGAGGGAGUGAGCUGCAAGCGAGCACACGAGUUGCGUUAACAUUGUGUGUGACUGAAUGUUUGAGCGAAAGAGUGAACAAGGAAGUGGGGCAAAGUCCACAAAACAAGUGUUGGCCAAGAUGACAGCUAGCAGAUUAAUGUUAUGUUGGGUUUAACUUUAUUGUUUUUUUUUAAAUUGUGCUUUUAUCUGCAUUAUUUUCGCUGUCUUCAAUCCAGAAUCCAUUUUGGAUGUUGCAAUGUAAGGACCCAGAUUAUGGCAAGAGGCCAGCCUCAUUCCUCAUAAAAACCUGACUAAGUGUUCAACGUUAAGAUGGAUUUUGGUGCGUUCGAUUGCGUUGGCCGGGUCCCCUUUCCCCCAUAUUUUACCUCUCUCUCACAGGGACCAAAUUCUUGAGUCGUGACCUCACUGGUCCUGAGUUGUAGGAACAUUUCCACAGGGUGAUGGCUGAACGAGAUUCAUGUUCAGCCUUCCCUUCAUGACUGCAUGGCCACAUUCUAUUUCAAUAGCGGUGAGAGGAGGAAAGGAGAAAAAAAAAGAAAACGAGGGUGGUUUUGUUCUUUGUCUUAAAUGUGGCAUUUUGAAAACCCACAUUUCUGUAUGCCAUAAUGUAACAGUGAAUGUCCACAAUGCUGCUGUCUCAACUCAAAGAUGAAUAUAUUUCUAGAUAUAUUCCUUUUUUUCUCUACAUCACACACACACACAGUUCGGUAGAAACUGCAUACCAGUGCAUGGAUUCAUCAACAGAAUUGUCAUGGCUUCCGAGGUGAAACAGAAUACAAAAAAAUAAGUUUAGGACUGAAAGAGCAGAGUGAAAACGCUAAAAGAAGAAACAUAAUUGUUCAUUAACCGCAGACCACCUCAAACCAGAAAUACCUCAGAUUUUUCUAUGUGUGUGACUUCUGUUAUAUAUUUUGUUUGUGUUGACUUGUAGUAAGUAUAUUUUAAUGUAAGUUGUUUUUUUCUGAUUAGAAGAUUAGAGGUUUUCUUUUUUCUUUCUUUUUUUUUCUUUUUUUUUGUGGAAAAUUAAGAGUAAGUCCCAAAUCUUCUAAGAGAGUGCUACAAAGUGAUGUUGUAUAAUGUGAGCGAAAUGUAAAUAGCUGUAUACAAGUGUAGAAUUCUGCCUACUCAUGACACCAGGGCAUUAUUCAUGAUGUGUGCUGGUUGUCUACUCUAAUGUUCUUUUCCUGUCUGUUACUGCAAGGGGCAUUGAUCCUUCAUGUCUGGCUAAAACGGCAACAAGAUUCACCCUCCCCUUUCUCUCUUAGUUGUAGCAUACCGUUUCUAUUUGCACAAUCUCAACAUGCUGUUCCCUUUUUUAAUGUCAUUAAUUCAUGAAAUUUAGUUUAUUCCAGCAUACAUGAAUUAGAAUAAACACACAGUGGCUGUACAUUAUUUAACCUGCGUAACUUACAUAAGUGGCCUCACCAAAAUUACCAUUGCUGUUUUUACUAUUGUUAUUUAAAAUCCCAGCUCUAGUCUUUUAGAUUAUGCUUACCCAAAUACCUACGCAACCUAGACUAAUGUGAUCCUUUGACAGAGUUGGCUUUUCCAAAAUUAAAGGGAGUGAACGAUUGGUUUAUCACCCCCAGGGCUCUUUGGGUUGAGGUGGGGGGUCUGCAGUGGCUGCUUCUUUACAACCCUCCUUAAAACACAUUUUGCUCUAAACAACAAUCUUCUAUUUUUUUAUAGUGCCAUAUUUAAGGACUGGGCUUUGCACUUCCAGUUCAUGCUGUCAAGCAUGUGACAAUAAGGGCAGACCCCUUGUCUUGGACAUAUGCAGAAUUAAAUCGAUCAUGUCGGGACAACUUGAACCCAUCUUGGUCACCAUGGACUUCCAUUUUUAUUUGUUCUAUUAAUAUAGAUGUGAUCAGUUCGCAUUUGGGUAAUGUAGGUGAUCUUGCCCCAUUUCCGUUUUAAGUUUUCAAUAAAAGUCAGGGUGUAUGAGCCCCCUCUUAAGUGAAACGUACUGCCAACAGUGAAAUGAAAAGGAAAGGUUGAUGCCUCAGUGCCAAAGUGAAUUGAAUAUGCAAAGCAUUUUUCAUAUACAUUUUACUCAGAUAUACAGUAAUAUAGCGGUCUUGUCAAUUUUUCUGUUGCUAUCUAGUAAGGUUUUUUUUUUUUUUUAAAGGAAAGAAUUUGUUUUGGAUGACUUUCAAAAUUUCCUGCUUACCCACUCAUUCAUGAGAUGACAUCAUCUCAUGUUUGCGCCCAAAAUUUUGCUGACUGGUGCUCUGAGUGAUUGCCAAUUGGGACAGUUGGUUACGUAGCAAGCAAUACCCUCCGACAGAGCCAUCUACAGGGAGAGUUAUGACUACCAGGGUACCAGAAGUAGAUUGGCCUCUUGUUUCAAUAGAGAUUGAAAUGGUGCCUGGAAGCUGUUUUCUGUUUGCUACACUAACACAGAGCCACAACAUAGCAAGCCAAAAUUAAAGAUAAGCGAACUACCUAUGUGGUUAAUUGGCACCAAAUAUAUGCACUAGCAAUUGGCUUAUUUAUGAUUAAUUCGUUAAAAUUUGCUGAUACGUAAAUCUGUGAAAUGUAUUUUAGGAUAUAGGCUAUACUACACCCUGUUUUGAAAGCCACUUUCUGGUACUAACAGAAAGAAAGGAAAAAAAUGCAACACAGAGGUCGAUGGAAUCAACCCAACUCUCCCUAUAGAUGGCUUUGCCCUCCGCAAUAAAUUGCUGACGUCUCUGAAAGGAGACCGAUCUCAUUGGUUCUGUGGUGCUGUCAUUGAGUUAAUAACCAAAUUUUACGUAACACUACACUUAGCAGACACUUCUAUUUGAAGUGAGUUACAUUUAUUUUAAGGGUAGGAUACAGUUUCAGGAGCAAAACUUCAUUGAACAGGGCAUUCGUGGGAAAACAAUAAUUUAAAGGUGAUGGCCAACCUGUAGUUAAUUUAUCCAGACCUCUUGAUUCCUUACCUGUUUGAUUUCACCGUUAAAGUGAUAAUCAAACAGUGUCAUAAAAUACUUCACUACAUUACACUACAUCGCUCUGUUACACCGGUCUGGAAAAUUAACCUUUUUUACACAAUGCUGAACAUACAAUAGAUAAGCAAUACUGCUAGGGCAGUGGUUCUCAAACUUUUUCAGAUUGAGGACCACUUUGUCCCCCAAAAAAUGGUCAGGGACCACCUGUCAACGUAAUUGACAACUGACGGGUGCUAAUUUGACUGCUAUUUUUGAUGCCAGUCACUUACUUUUCAUUAGCACUUACAAACCUGUCUAAUUGUGGUGAAAAUGAGAUUUCAGCUAUGUUUACCAUUGUAAUAAUCUUACAAAUAUAGCCUACUACUUACUUGUCUUGGAAAAGUAAAAUCCCCUCGCGGACCACCUGAGCUCUGUCGCGGACCACCAGUGGUCCCCGGACCACACUUUGAGAAUCACUGUGCUAGGGGAUCUAUGAAGUGUUGAAGAGGCUACUAUUUCACAGUUUUUCUGUGUCCCCCGUCACACCAAAUUAAGUGAAUUAAAAUUAGGUAGAGGCUAAAAAUCAGUUUUUAUGUGAGGAGAUGGCCCACACAAACAACUUUAAGAAUUGAAUUGUAACUGAGUGAAUAUACAGACCAGGAACCCAGACCAGGUUUAUGGUUGUCCAUGCUGACCACUGAUGCCCAGUCUGGAAGAUCAAAUGCAUCAAACAUCAGCGACAGUCCAAAGCUUUGAGCUUUCCAGGAGCGUUCUGAUUUUGUGCCUUUGUGUUUUCCCAUUCACCAAGCAGCCUCUGCAGGCCCCAUCUUUGUGCUUAUUCUUUUUUUUCCAACUUUUCUUGUUGUUGACAUAGUAAAAAUGGGGAGGGGGGGACUAUUAUGUAAAUCUCGAAACCGUGACCAGCUGUAAUUCUGGAUACAGUCUUAGAUCCAGGUUUUCAGGAACUAAUGACCACAGACCUCAUAUGAAAACAGUGUUGCAAACUAGAUAGCUGUAGAUACUAUGAUUAAGUUAUGUACACUUUUGUCUUGCAAACAGGAAAACCUCUUUUUGUACAGGUGUAACAUAAUCAUAUGGCCAUGCACCGAUUGACAAUGUGAAAGCCUUUUUCAGGCUGAGCUUCAGCAUUUUGACCUCUUUUUCAAGAUGAAGAAACUGGUACUUAAGGGGACAGUUGUUGGUUUUUUUUUUACCUCCUGUUUGUCUUUUACAUUUUAAGUCGGUACUGAAGGAGUCUGAGAAGCAAAGGUGACUUACAUGGGCUCUCUGAAAUAACCAUUUGCAACAAUGCACACAUGCUAACUCUAAACCAUUGGCCACUUCCAAAUCAUCACAAAGUUCCACGUUAUUUGAAUCUCCAACAUUUUCUUUCCUAUUUUGUAAACCUACUUAAACGUCAUUUGUACCAUCUAUGUCCGUGUAUCCUCAAGGUCUUUUCCAGAGUAAGCUAUUGCUGAAACACUAGAAUACGUUGCAUUACCUCAGUUCAAGUACAGGAAUUGGUACAACAUUGCUUGCAGAGCUGCAUAUAACUUCUGCAAUGCCUGAAGUGAUACAUGGAUUGUUUUAUUAUUGUUAUUACAAUUAUUAUUGUUGUUCUUAUAUUUUGGUUGAUGUCCUGGACCCCAUUUCUCGAAAGCAACGUUGUUAACCUGUUCGCAACUUCACUAGGUUUUCAAUGGGAAAUUGCAUUGCAACCAAGUAAGUUGCUUAUUUAGUUAGCAAGGAUGUUGUGGAGAAACGCACCGCUGACCAGUACAUGUUUUUGUCCACGUCAGUGUCACCAUAGAAGGAUACUGGGAGAAAUCAAUGGCUUCCUCGAAUGAUACCAGUGACUUAUUUUUAACCACUUUAAAUACAAAAUGCUGUAUUCCAUUGUAUUCACUGAUGCUAGUCUUUGGUUUUUAGUCAAUACUAAAAGUAGUCACUACUUACUGUAUGUCACUACUGUCCAUUUGAGUUGACCAAGGCAGUUCCAAAGGAGGGUUCUCUUUUCUUGUCUUUUCAAGGGGUCAUAUUUAAAGUGCUGUUUCUAUAACCAGGAUAUGUGAAAUGUAAAUGUGUUAGUUUAUGUUUCACUAUUGUAGCGAAAUUGUAGAACAGAGAUGGGUUGUACUACUGAUUUUAACAUAAAUAUACUAAAAAUCUGUAAGAGACAAAAGUGUAUACAGAGUUGAGCUUGUUGCUGUAACCCCUCUUUCAAUUGAAGAGUAUGAAAAAUCGAACAUAUAUAUAGGGCCUGUAUAUAUAUAUAUAUGUAUAUACAUGUAUAUCUAUAUAUGUAUAUCUAUAUAUCUAUAGGCUUGUAAAAAAAAUUAUGCCCAGGAAAAAAAUCCAACAUUCUUUGUGGUGCAGUACAGUAAUGAAGGAAUUUUUUGAACGAUCAUUGUAACAUAGUUCUUUAAUUUGCAGUGGAUCAUUGUUCCUUUUUUUACUGUGGUAAUGUUAGAGCUCAGUAUCUGGAGUUUGCGAUAGAUUUGCCUAGAGUUCGAGAUGUGGUUGUUUCAACUCGUCACUGGUGCCAGAAUAAACCAGUAUGAAUGUAGUAUUUGCCCAGUGGGAAACAACCACACCCUGACUGUUAGAGAAAAAAAUACUAGAAAGGAUUAUUUCAAUUUUAUCUUUUUGUAUAUGAAAGUAAACAAUAAAAUACUGAUAAAGCAUUU